AUGGACUGCUUCUAUGCGGCAUUGCUCUACCAGCACGUGAAAGAACCAAUGCGUAUUCGGCUAGGGCUGAGACCGUCCACCUUGGAUCUGGUCCUCACACGGCAAGAGAGUGAGAUCAGCGACCUAAAGCAGAAGAUUCCUCUCGGUAAAAUCGACCACAAUGUAUUGUUGCUGGAAACAUGCAUUGCGAAGGAAAAGCCACCCCGCAAUUUCGGGCGAAUGGACAUAGAGGACUUGAGGCGAGAUGCUCAUACUAGAGCAUGGUUCCCGCAGGGAACAGAAGCGUCCGUGGAUCAACGAUGGGAGAAAAUCCGCGACCAGCAAAUAGACCUGACGGAGAGGCAUGCCCCCUUGCAGCCUCAGCGUGAUGCCCACAAACCGCACUGGUGGAAGCCGACCAUUAAACGUGCCAUAGGGGAAAGGGCUCGUAGGUGA